AUGGCUGUGCUCUUGCUGAGACAUGUUGGUCGUCAUUGCCUCCGAGCCCACUUUAGCCCUCAGCUCUGUAUCAGAAAUUGGUCUCUUCCCAUGGCGAUGUCCACCUGCCACCGUGGCACUGGUAUUGCUUUGAGUGCAGGGGUCUCUCUUUCUGGCAUGUUGGCCCCGUUACUCCCUGAGAACUUUGAGUCUUAUUUGGAACUCGUAAAGUCCCUGUGUCUGGGGCCAGCACUGAUCCAGACAGCUAAGUUUGCACUUGUCUUCCCUCUCAUAUAUCAUACCUGGAAUGGGAUCCGACACUUGUUGUGGGACCUGGGAAAAGGCCUGAAGAUUCCCCAGCUAUACCAGUCUGGAGUGGUUGUCCUGGUUCUUACUGUGUUGUCCUCUAUGGGGCUGGCAGCCAUGUGA